AUAUAUGUAUAUAUAUAUAUACAUAUACAUAAUAAAAUUAUAUUUACAUACAUAGUAUGUCCGAGAGAAUAUCUCGCGAUUAGUUGAAGUUACAAAAAAGUUUAAUUGAGAGAAAUUUGCAUCAUUCUGAGUCAGCUACAGUGUUCGUAAAAGAUUUUUUUCCUCGUUCUUUUUUUUUGGAGUUACGUAAGUCUAUAUAGAUCUUUUUUUUUUAUAUGAAUAUUUAUAAUUUUUUUUUGUAUAUUUAUAAUAGCAGUUGUUAUUUGUUGUAAUUUAUAUGUAAUAAAUUACAUAUAUGUAAUAAAUUAUCGAUGUCAAUUUUUCUUGUAAAUAAUACGUGUACUAACAAUUUUUUCAACUAGAUAUAAUUCUUAUUGCAAAUAAUCGCUAAUAUAUUAUAUAAACAUGCAAACAUAAUUGUGGAUGUUCAUUUAAAAAAGAAAAAAACUAAUUUGUCAACUAUGUUGACAUAACUUAGAAAGAUUAUGAUUUAAAAAAAAAAAAAACGAUGGAUUAUUUAUAUGCACUUUGUAGCUUACUCAGAGACGUACAAAUUUCUCAUAUUAAACGUCAAUCAAUUGCAAGAUAAUUUGCUUGGACAUUUAUGGACGGCUGACAUCCUGUAUUAGAAUUAUAAAUGAAUAAUACACCAUAAUGCGGGUACAAGGAGUUUUUGAUUUGCCAUGAAGAUAUUACAAGAUAUAUUACGUUCGUCUAGAGUUCUUAAUUUGAACAAAAUCUUGUCAUAUAUUAAUAUAGUAAUCCAUAAUAUAUAACAGUCAUCGAUAACGUUUCUGUAAUUAUAAUUGUGACAUUUAAUAAGGAAAUAAUUUACAGUAUUCAAUAUCUAAUAUCAAGAAGUAAUAUUUAAAGUUUGUUUCUCUUUUUUUUUUUUGUUUUUUAUUUUUUUUAAGAUACCAUUAAAGGAGAUAGGAUUAAAAAUCAGUGGCACGCGAACGGACAGCAAACGAGUGGCAGUAAACCGGAAGCCGGAAAUGGUGCCGAUGACGAGGGUGAAAAGGAAAGAGGUUGAGGACUCCCUGAGUGCGAGAAUAUAGUAUGUUGUCUUUCGAUAAGUUCUUCCCUUCUCUUUCUCUUACAUGUGACCAACAUAUGUGGGUUCCUUUCUCGGUUAGUAAAGUUCAAAAGAGAAGGUAGAGUGUCGUGAAGGGUAUGGGGAAAAGAGAGAGAAAGAGAGAGAGAGAGAGAAAGAGAAAGAGAGGGAGAGAGAAAGAGAGAGAGAGAGAGAGAGAGAGAGAGGGAAAGAGAGAGUAAAACACCCUUCGAGUUGGGCGCUGCCGAGCCAGCUGAUGUUGUGCCGGCUUUGCCCUUCUUCAGUUACUCUUGGACCGUGCCUCCGGGAUAAAGCUUAGGCCUCGAGUUUGUUCGCCGGACAUUGACCUAACGACCUUGACCUUUAAAAGAAGGUCAAUCGAAGAAGAAGAGAGAACUCUGAUCGAUCAAGAUGAUACCAGAAAUCGAGGGUGCUCAAUACAUUCCCACGCCAAUGACGAUACCUCCUUCAUCGACGGUUGCAUCGACACCAACAACGAUGGAAAUGGCGUCGGGCCCAAUCGAUUAUAGCUUGCCCAAAAGAUUGGAUCAGAUUGAUCGAUCUCCUAUAAAAGCUUGGAGCAGAUUGGAAUGGCUCUUAUCGGCGUUCAAGGCCAACGGGCAAAAGUGCAACAUGCAAACUGCUCUCGAAGCUACUUUUCGCGGUGACGAUCUUUUUUAUACAAGUCAAACUCGAUCCCAAGGAUACUCCCGAUUUCCCUCAUCGACGUCAUCCUCCGUGUCCUCUUCCAUGUCCUCUUUAUCGUCGUUCCCAUCCCCUUCGUCGUUUAUUAAGUCAUCCAAAUUAUCGAGAUUAUCCAAAUCGAAUAGUUCAUCGUCUUAUUACCAAUCACCAUCUUCUUCGCAAUCAUUCCAUUCCACACGAUCAUCAUCCUCGUCGUUACCGUCAUUCUCGUCACUUUCAUCAUCCUCUUCUAAUCAAUCAGUUUCAAUGUUUAAUCGAAAUCAAAAAAACGAAUGCAAUUAUUCUUAUAGCGAUACGAACGAUACAGAAAAUAGAAAAGGCUAGUAAAAAUUUUGUUAAUAUUUGUAAGCUAUUACCGAAACAAAUACUGCAACAUGACCGUAUUAUGUUCAUCUAUUACGAAAUCCAAAGAAUAUAUUAAUUAAUAGCUGUAAAGGUUUUAACAAAAAAUACUCGUGAUUAAUGGGUAAAAUCGGAGAAGAAAAUAGAUUGAUGCGUCCUAUGAAAUCGAAAGGUUUAUCUAAUAUUUACAAGUAAUAGACAAAUUAACAAUAGUAGUUAAUAGUCUCUUCGAAUAUUUGAUUUAUUUAUCUGAUGCAUCAUUUACUUCCCUAUAUAUCUAUACCAAAUUUAACUAUACUAGUCAGUAAUCCAUGUAAUGAGAUUGAGUCUAGAAUAAAGAUAAACAUUAUUUAGAUAAUUACUUUAUAUCGUUAGGUCGAAAUAAUAUAAAAGACCGUGUAUGUUUGAUUAACCUUGAACGAUAAAUAUCUCGAGGGAAAUACUCGUAAAAAGAUAUAGAGUAGAUCUGAAAUAGAUAUGUUGAAUUACAUUAAAUGUCGACGAAAUGUUACGAUGGCGUUUAGUUAAAUUUAACAAAAGGAUUGUGUUCUCUUUAAGUUUAAUGUGCAAAAUAAUUUGUAAGAUAUUCGUUUAAAAGCGAAACGAUUUACAUGUAUGUGAAACGCGUUACAUGUACGAUUUAAUUCAUGUAUUUAUGUAUGUUAUAUUUAAUUUUGGAGUCGUGGACCAAAUAUAGAUCUAUAUAAAAAAAAAAAAAAGAAAAAAAAAUACGAUGACGUACAUUGAGUGUGGAUGUAUUUUUUUCUCUUUUUUUUUCCUUUUUCUUCUUUUUUUUUUUUUUUUUUUUUUAUACAUAUAUAAUUUUGAAUCGCUCUACUUUCUAAACAGCGCGAAUAAACGCAAUGGAGCUUAUCGCGUUUAUCGACAAUUUUUUUCACUCUUGUGUAAAAUAGAAUCGUGUUAAGUCCCAAAUAAGAGAAAUUUUAUUCGCAAUUAUAUUACAAAAACACAUUAUCGCUUGACGAUGUAAUCGAAUGAACACCAACGCGCUUUUUAUUAAGCGCGUUUCACAUAUUUAUCACGUUAAAUAUCAAUAUUUAAUAAAAAUGUACAAGCUAUAUACAAAAUGAACUCGAUGCGAUAUUAUCGGA